UCCCCCCUCCCCUUCGACCCCUCUCUUGACGUGUUAACCUCCCCUCCAGCUUCAAAGCAACGACUACAAUGGCUCGAAUUCGAAUUGGUCUUAUUGGUCUCAGCGCUGCCGGUAGCUGGGCGUCUCAAGCUCAUCUACCAUACCUCAAGGCCAGCGAAAAGUAUACCAUUGUCGCCCUCUGCAAUACCUCGGUUGAAUCUGCCAAAGCUGCUAUCAAGGCACACGACCUCCCGGCUUCAACGAAAGCCUACGGAGCUUACAAAGACCUUGCGAGUGAUUCAGAUGUCGACCUAGUGGUGUGCUCGGUCCGAGUGGACCGCCAUUAUGAUGCCAUCAAGCCCGCUUUGGAAGCUGGAAAGGAUGUCUACUGCGAGUGGCCAUUGGGCAAGAAUCUAGAAGAGGGACUGGAGCUUGCUGCGCUGGCGAAGAAGAAGGCGGUGCGUACGAUGGUGGGUCUGCAGGCGAGGCAGUCUGCGUUGGUGAAGAAGAUCAAGGAGAUUGUGGACAGUGGGCGCAUUGGAAAGGUGCUCAGUGUGUCCUUCGUUGGAGCUGCGCACAAUCUUGGAACAGCUGAGAUGGAGAAGUACGAGUAUCUCAAUCAUAAGGAGGUUGGUGGAAAUCUGGUGACGAUUCACUUCUCUCAUGGGUUUUAUGGCCUCCUCUACGCUCUCGGCGAGCUGAAGACCUACAGCUCCAUCCUAGAAGUGAAGCGUCCCAAAGUCGACCUCCUAGACAAGCAAGUCUCAGACCCCGAAGCUAAAGUCGUUGGCACCACCACCCGUACCUCCCACGAUCAAAUCCUUAUUCAAGGCCAUCUCGAAUCAGGAGCUCUUCUCUCAUACCAUCUCCGAGGCGGCAAGGCAUUUGCCGGCACUGAGGGCAUGCUGUGGCGUAUUUACGGCGAAACAGGCGAGAUCCAGAUCAAAGGUCCCAGUCCUUCUGUGCAGAUUGGGAAUAACGGCACGAAGAUCGAGGUCCAAGAUAUCUCCACUAGGAAGGUCGAAGAGAUUACUCUGGAGCAAGAUGAGUGGGACAAGCUUCCGGGUUCUGCUCCUAAUGUCGCGCGAAUGUACGAAGUCUUUGCGGACAAGAAGACAUCUGAGUAUCCGGACUGGGAGGAAGCUGUCAUUCGUCAUAGGCUGGUUGAUGAAUUGUACCGCGGGGAAGAGGUCCGUACGGAGCGUGUCGCUCACUAUCAAAGUUCGAAGAGGAAAAACAGUUUGUGGACAAAGUGAAAUAGAUACUAAUGAGACUGGUUAAGAAGCUAGUUCAUGCAUGAUUUGUGUGAAUUUUUACCCGCAGGUUUACUGAUUACAGAAAGAUUUUAUGAUAUACCACGGCUAUUCUAGGUAAGGGCUGUCUUUCCAAAUCUGCUUUUCCAUGCUAUUUCGAUUGUGGCAUCUACCGACGUUCAUGCGAUGCGGUCUUGCUUUGGAGAGGAGAUGGUUGGAUAAUGGGCCGAGACUCAGAAGUCCUUGCGUGCUUGGUAAAUCUUCGGCACGGGGCUCUUUGUGGCAGACGUUGUCCUUUGAAUGAACAGGUCU